CUUUGCGCGUGCGCCUUGGGAAUAUGAUAAUUUUGUUGAUAUGCAACUGGAGUUUCUCCUUUCGGGAUUUAGUUAAAUUUGCUCAUUGUUUCUCCUUUUCCUGACUUUUUGGCUACACGUUAAGAUUACGCAGAGUGUUCUGCAUGACGGGCUGAUGGAAAACGCAAGGGAUCUGGCGGAGCAUGGCGCCCGUUCGGAGCGUAAGCGACGGGACUCGUUCGGGAUGUUUGACGGCUACGACAGCUGCAGCGAGGACUCCAGCAGCAGCUCGAGUUCGGAGGAGAGUGAUGAGGAGGUGCCUCCGCUCCCCGCCAAUCUGCCAAUCAUCAAGACCAAUGGCCAGGUCUACACCUACCCCGACGGCAAGGCUGGCAUGGCUACGUGUGAGAUGUGUGGGAUGGUGGGGGUGCGGGACGCCUUCUACUCCAAAACCAAACGCUUCUGCAGCGUCUCCUGCUCGCGAAGCUACUCCUCCAACUCCAAGAAAGCCAGCAUACUGGCCCGGCUUCAGGGUAAACCACCUACAAAGAAGGCCAAGGUGUUGCAGAAGCAACCGCUCAUGGCUAAGCUAGCCGCGUAUGCUCAGUACCAGGCUAACCAGCAGAGCCAGGUUAAGAAAACAGGUGAGCUGAGCAGAAAUACAGCUGUCCCAGUUGAGGGGUUUGACUGGGGACGAUACAUCGGCAGUGGGGACAUGGUUGGAGCUCCCGUGAGCUGUUUCAAACACGUUCCCAUGGGAACGUCUUGGGGUGACAUCACUGACGGAGUGCGCAUUGAGGUGCCCAACUCCGACAGCAGCUUGCCCAUGAAGGUCUACUGGAUAGCAAGCAUUAUUAAGCUAGCAGGCUUCAAAGCCCUGCUGCGCUACGAGGGUUUCGAUGGAGACUCUGGACAGGACUUCUGGUGUAACGUCUGUGUGCCCGAUAUCCACCCCGUCGGCUGGUGUGCGUCUAUGAGCAAACCCCUAGUCCCGCCUGAAUCCAUUCAGCACAAGGUCAGCAACUGGAAGGCUUUCCUGGUGAAGCGUCUCACUGGGGCGAAGACCCUCCCCCCGGACUUCUCUUCCAAGGUGCAGGAGAGCAUGCAGUUCCCCUUUAAGAAGCUGAUGCGCGUGGAGGUAGUGGACAAGACGCACCUGUGCCGGACGCGCGUGGCCCUGGUGGAGCAGGUGAUCGGCGGCCGUCUGCGUCUCGUCUACGAGGAGAGCGAGGACGGCUCUGACGAUUUCUGGUGCCACAUGCAAAGUCCCCUGAUCCACUCCAUCGGCUGGUCCCGAAGCAUCGGUCACCGCUUCAAGAGAUCAGACGUGUCCAAGAGGCUGGAGGGGCAGGUGGACGCUCCAGGGCAGCUAUUUGUGAAGGUGAGGGAUGUGGACCAGAGUGGGGAGUGGUUCAAGGACGGCAUGAAGCUGGAGGCCAUCGACCCCCUCAACCUCUCGGCCAUCUGUGUGGCCACCGUACGCAAGGUGCUGGCGGACGGUUACCUCAUGAUUGGGAUCGAUGGCUCGGAAGCAGCGGACGGCUCUGAUUGGUUCUGCUACCACUCCACCUCACCAUCCAUCUUCCCAGCCGGCUUCUGCGAGAUCAACUCCAUUGAGCUCACCCCUCCCCGAGGGUACACAAAGCUCCCUUUCAAAUGGUUUGACUACCUCAGGGAAACUGGAUCAGUAGCCGCUCCAGUGAAGCUCUUCAACAAGGAGGUUCCAAACCACGGCUUCCGCUCGGGAAUGAAGCUGGAGGCUGUGGACCUGAUGGAGCCGCGUUUGGUGUGCGUUGCCACGGUGACCCGCAUCGUCCAUCGGCUGCUGCGGAUCCACUUCGACGGCUGGGAGGACGAGUACGACCAGUGGGUGGACUGCGAGUCGCCAGACCUCUACCCCGUGGGCUGGUGCCAACUGACCGGCUACCAGCUGCAGCCCCCAGCCGCUCAGGCCUCUAGAGAGCGUCCUCCAAGUGUGACCAAACAAAAGAAGAAAUCCCAGCAGUACAAAGGCCAGAAGAAAAAGCGUAAGAUCCCCAUUGGUAAGCGUCCAGUGAGUCUGACGGGCAUCGCCCUGACCAGGGUCCCGCCACGGAGCCUCUCAGGGGAUGAGAACAUGACCCCCCCGGAUUACCCCUCACCCCCGACACCACCCAGCGCCUCCGAGGCCGUGCACACUGUGAGCUCCUCCGCAGGCCCUGAGCUCAGCCCUGCCCGCAAAGCAGGGGUGGCGCUGCAGGUGAAAGAGGAGUUGAUGGAGCCUGACGAGUUCACCUUCCCACAGGCUGUUACUGAGCGCCCGAGCCCCGCGCCUGGACUCUACAUCAAACAGGAGCCCUGACCACCACCACCACCACAGCUGAUGGAGACCGGGGGGGAGGGGGGCGCAACAGCGGAGCAGAAGAGCCUAUCACACACACACACACACACACACUUUUCACACUGCUGACAGCUCACCAGUCCCUGGGGGACGCUGCAGGAGUGGAGUAGAGGGGGGAGGGGCUCCCUUCCUCCCCACUCAGCAGUGUCAGGACUCCUGUUCCUGCUCCUGAUCAGUCAUCCGCAGCGCAGCGCCUCGGCUCAGGACACGCAGAUGAGGGUGAGACCAGAGGGGGGGGGGGGUGGGUUCAUAUGGAAUCAAUUAUAGUGAUUUUGGUGACUACAUUUUGCUCUCUAGCUGGUUUUGUAUUCUACAGUUUUUGCUUUUUUUUCAUGUUUGUAUCAUUUUUGGGUUUUAGUUUUAGAUUUUCCCCCCCUUUUUUUUGGAAGCAGCGGUGGGGUGAAGGGUCAUCUCUCUGGGGUCGAGAGCUGUAUGUGUACAUAAUGUAUGGGUGUGUCUUCGGGAUAUUAUGAAAAACAGGGUGUAUAAAGUUAAAACCUUACUGGUAGGAACAAUCAGAUGGAGAUACAGUAUAUAAAUGGAAACACAUACAAUGACAUGCAUUAAGGUUUUCUGCCAAGUCAUAAUAAAAUUUACUUCCUUUUUAUGAAAUUAUGCCAUAAUCAUGAUGACUGGUACCUAUAGUUUCUGCAGUGAGUUUGCCACAAUGUGGCAGUGUCGUCAAACAGCGAAUGUUAAAUUACAUAAAAGGUCGAGAUAUCACUAUUCUAUAUAACCGCUUAUAUGUAUACCAUUGAAUGUCCAGAGUCACAUUACAUAGAAAUAUAAAAAAGAAAUAAAACUAUUCUAAAAAAAAAAUAUGUCAGUAAUUUACCACAAGGAUAGCAUAGCCAUUUGUACAAUUACCAUCAAUAAUCACAGCUGAGGGGUGUGGCAGACUAGGAGACUCACUGUCUUAGACGAGGAAAUGGAGUUUGGCAUUUCUCUGCUCUUCGUUUAACUACCGUUUAGUUAUCAGGAAGAGACAUGGAGCCAGAGGUGAUCAACCAAGACCUUCCAUUGCUCCAGUUUUGUUACCAUUUUUACGGGUGAAACUAAUUCAAACUUAGUUGUUCAUGUUCUAUUUUCUUCUUACUACAACCGUUUAUAAAAACGUGGCACUGAUAUAUUCUACCUCUCCAGAGAAUCAGACUGGUGUGCAAAAAACAAAGUCAAACAGAAUCUUAUUACAUAAAAAUAAACAUAACAAAUUGUUUUUGCAACCACAAAAAGUGUGUGUGUGUGUGUGUGACGAGUGAGACAGCUGACAAAAUAUACAGUAUGACAAUAUACAGUCUGUGUGACAUAUGUGUCAUAUAGAUUCAAUGUCCUCUUUGUGACCAUAUUCUCCAAAAUAGACUUAAUAAAUUUCACUAAUAUAGUAAUUUUAUUGAAAUGGGAAAUGGAUUAAUUCAUUAACACAUAAAAUACAAACGUCUAUUAUACAUGUAACAGAGAGAGAGAGAGAGACAUUUUGCAUAAUAUUUCAUCGUUUUAGUUAACGAGCACCAAGGCAUGAACUAGAUAUUCCACCUUUCUAAAACUUGAGAAGGGAAUGGACUCCUCCCUUCACAUACCAGUAAGGUUGACAUUUUGCUCUCAGGAACUAACUGAAUUUUAGAUUUUAAUCUCUUUCUUUGCUGGUCCAACGUAUUGGUCUCUGAUUUUAAUCCUCAUUUGAGUCAGCCAUUUUGUGUGUCGUUUCUACAUUCAUUUGAACAGUCAGUCUGAACUCUCGAUUUGUCACACACUGUGACCUGUGUAGGGCUAGACUUCCUCUUUCUUUUCCCCCUUUCUGUUAACACAAGGCCCGCUUCAAUGUGUGAACCUGUAUUGUUGGCUAUUUACACACCUACCUGUCUGUCUGUCUGUCUGUCUGUCUUUUCUUUCCUUUAGUUUGUGAUGUGCUUGUGGCUCCUGUUUUUGUUGUCUGUCUGGUAUGGUUUAGGUUUUUAUGUCUCCUCUUCAAGCUUGCUGGCUGUAUGUUGAAUCCGUCAAGUUAGAUGUGUGUUAACUGUGCUCUCUCCUGCGUGGUGUAAUUAGGGUGUGUGUGUGUGUGUGUGUGUGUGUGUGUGUGUGUGUGGAAUUCCAGUUGUUAAAUGUGAAUGACGUGCAGCAGUUGGUGACUAAGGUCUUUCAGAUCACUUCGAAGCAAUAAGGCCACAUCCAUGGUAUUAAACAUAACUCAUAUCAGCCUUUUGGCUGAGUGAAAGUGUUUUUUGUUUUACUAUAGGCCUAGCUCUUUAAAGAAUACCUAACGAUAAUGGCUUAACCUGCUGUGUGACAAAGAGCACCAUGUUUGGAAACUCCCCAAGGGUCAUUUUCUGUUGUGUGCCGUCCGUGCUGAAAGAGAGACCAAAUUGUGGACAUGUGUUGUGUGUGAGGUGUAACAUGGCAUGACUGUUCCUAGGCAUUGUACAGCCUUUUUUCGCCUUCGCAGAGAAAUAAGAGGUUUGGAAUGGCGCCAGUGUCAUAACGCAGCAUGCAGGGGAGAGGGGUUGUAGGCAAAAGUAACACGCACAAACUUUUUGUCUGUAGUAGGCUUGCUAAAAAAGAUACUCACGACCAGUCAGAGACUAUUAGAUUAUUCAGCAAAACCUUUCGUUCAGAGUCAACGAGACGGGGGAAUCCAAACGCCGUGCAUGCACCAGUGAUAGCAUCUAGUUGUCUUACGUGUGAUUUGUUCGAAAGUUGUUAGUGUUGUGUAACUUUUGGUCUUCUUGACUACACGGGUUUGUGUGUAUGUCUGAUGGUGUGUGUGUGUGUGUGUGAGCAAGUGUGUGUGUGUGUGCGUGUGCUUUUUUUAAAUGUUGAGCCCCAUCAUGCUGUCUUUGUAUUCUGGUGCUAUAUAUUUGAUAAAGUGACUAAUCUUUUCCUAAGAAUGGAAUGAUUUUCAGAAACUGUGAUUAUGGUGAAGAAAUUGAGUUCUCUUCUCGUAUUUCUGUAUUUUUGGAUACAAAUACAAUGAUUUGUAUGGGCUUAAUUUAAACGUGUAUCCCUUUCUCUGCAUGGAACUUGUGGGAAUAUAAAAAAAUGGGGUUUUUACCUUUUUCUGUGUUUUUUAAUAGUGAAUAUAUGAUUUACUGUCCUUUGGUUUUCAUGAUCAAUGUCCCGUGAACUUGAGAUCUACCCAGCUCUAUCGAAUAUGUACAAAAUUUUAAAAUAUAUGUAUUUGGAGAAAGAAGUAUAGAUGUUUUAGUUUCAUUUUUUAAUCAAGUCUUUCUGCAGCAUGGAUGUGGCAAAGCAUUAAAAUUAUGUGUAAAAGUUUAUUCACUUUUUUAACACUGAAUAAAAGAAUAUGUCAGAUUA